AUGACGACGAGGAACGAGGCGGGCUCGUCGGUGGUGCGGGUCUUGGCGCCGGAGACGUCGACGGAUCGUCGGGCCAAGGAGGAGGGCGAGGACGAGGACGAGGACGAGGACGAGGACGAGGACGAGAAGGGGCGAAGCAACAACCCGUUUGCGAACUUGACGGCGGCCUUCACGUCGUCGGCAGGGUCCGUCAGAGCGGUUUUUCCGCCCGAGUGGGCGGGCGUGGCGGAUGUGGACACGCAGGUCGGCGGCUUGAGGGUCGGCGGCCACGGCUUGGACGUCGUGAGCGAGGGGACGCAUGGGCCCGUCGGGAGGUGGGUGCAUGCGGUCAAAGGGGAGGCCGGAGACUCGGAUUUGGCCGUCUUGGUCUAUAGCAAGGUUGGGAGGGUAGAGUUUCUUGUCGCGGAGAAGUGA